AGGAGGUCUUGAUCCAGGAUUUUCAAGGCCCUAAAAUCCAACAUGCCGCUGGAAGCAGAAACCAGUCUGGGCUACAUUCCUCCAGACGGAGGCUGGGGCUGGGCCGUCGUCUUCGCGGCCUUUAUCUCCAUUGGAUUUGCUUACGCCUUUCCCAAGUCGCUCACCAUCUACUACAAGGAGAUUCAGGAAUAUUUUUCUGUUUCCUACAGCCAGAUUGCUUGGGUGUCCUCCGUCAUGCUUGCAUCAAUGUAUGCUGGAGGGCCCGUGAGCAGCAUUCUUGUGAAUCGUUAUGGCAGCAGACCCGUGGUCAUGGUUGGUGGGGUAAUGGUUGGCUGUGCUAUGGUGCUCGCCUCUUUUGGAACAACUAUCUUCCAUCUGUACCUCUGCGUUGGAGUAAUUGGAGGUUGUGGCCUUGCCUUCAACCUGCAGCCAGCUCUGACCAUCAUUGGAACAUACUUCCACAUGAAGAGGCCAAUGGCGAACGGGCUGGCGAUGACGGGAAGUCCAGUGUUUCUGUUCGCUCUGGCUCCUCUUAACCAGUUUCUCUUUGAUUCCUUUGGCUGGAGAGGAAGCUUUCUAAUCCUGGGAGCCAUUGUUUCGAACUGUUGUGUUGCUGGUUCUCUGAUGAGACCCGUCAACAAAAAAGUGCAACAGCAACCAAAAACUGAGCCGGAUGAGAGCAAUGAUGCAGAAAAAAUGCCCGUAGACAACCAAGCUGUAGAAAGCCAAGACGAGGGCAAGACGAAGGGAUGUGUGCAGAAGUUCAUAGACGUCUCUCUCUUCAAACACAGGGGAUUCCUCAUUUAUAUCACCGGUAAUGUGGUCAUGGUCCUUGGCUUUUUUGCGCCUGUGGUCUUCUUAGCCCCGUAUGCCAGACAUGAAGGCAUUGAUGAAUAUUCAGCAGCAUUCUUGCUCUCCAUCUUUGCCCUAGUAGACAUGUUUGCUCGACCAGCAACCGGCUUCAUCGGCAAUAUGAAGUGGGUUCGACCAAGAAUCCAGUAUUUAUUCAGCUUUGCCGUAUCCUACAAUGGAGUAUGUCACCUUCUGUGCCCACUGGCGUCUGGAUAUGUGGGCUUUGUUAUCUAUGCUGUCUUUUUUGGGAUGGCAUUCGGGAUGGUGUGUUCUCUGCUCUUUGAGGUGUUGAUGGACCUAGUGGGUGCUCAUCGUUUCUCCAGUGCAGUUGGACUUGUCACCAUUAUCCAGUGCGGCCCGGUGCUUCUCGGCCCUCCACUUUCAGGAGCUCUAGUUGAUAUUUUUGGGGACUACAAGUACAUGUACUACGCGUGUGGUGUGUUUAUGCUGGUUCCAGGCAUAUUUUUCUUCAUAAUGCACUACUACAACUACAAGAAGCUGGACGAUGAGCAGCGGCAGCGGUUGGCUGCGGAAAAGAGGAAUUGCGAAGAGGCUUGCCAGUUUAACAUGAAGCAGGAUGAAACACAUGGAUGACUUUUAUGGGUAGGAUUUCAUGUGAGUGAUAUUAGAGUGUAGUGAGGUGAUGCUUAUAGGUUUUCUUAUAGAACAUACUGUUAAGAUUUUUUUAAGAUUAAGAUUUGUUUCUACCUCAGAUUAGAAACUGCAGACAUUUUUAAAUUUAGAUACAUAUCUGCAGAUGAACAUUUGUUGUCUCAGUAUUUGUGUGCAGUUUACUUUAAGCUCCAGAGACAAAACAUAUAAAUAAUACAAAGCCAUUGUGCCUGCGGCACUAAAAUUUAAAAUAUGUAUUGUAUUUAUUUUCUGACAAUUUUAACACUUUAAAUGCACAUAACUAAAGGACUGCACCAGUAUUAUACAGAGAGAAGUAUGUACUGUAUUUAGUAAACCAAAACAAGCUGAAAUAAUCCAAUAAAAGACCUAAAAAUAGGCUGAUAGAUGUGUCGUGUGGUGAAGUUCACACAAGGUGAGCCACUAAUGCCUUUGGACUUUUUUUUUAACUUUACAGUGGAACUUCCCUUUUUUCAGAAUUUUCCCUAUUGUUCACAACCAUUAUAAAAGACAUGACGAUGCAUGGAUUUUUUUUUUUAAUGCAUUCUAAAUAUUAUAUAAAUGCAAAUAAAAGUCUGCUUACAGUGGAGCCCAUGGAGCUCCACUAUUCCGCCCAUAAAAUCCAACAAAUAACCAUUCAAAAAGCACCAACAAAUACUCAAUUUACAUUCUGUGACUUGAAUGUUAAUCAAGUAUUAGUGAUAUUGUUUUUAUAAACACUAACGCAGACAAACUAUUAAUAGCGCCGACGUGAUCGCCGUGCCUAUGUUUACAUAAUCGAGUGGUCUGCUGUUUCCUUGCUUUCCAGCUCCUUGUAAGUUUAUUAUAGAUCAUAAAUCAUGCCUCUCACCUGAAAAGUAGAUGGCUGAGGAUAUAAUCCGACAAGUUGGGAACUGGCAAGAACGACACAAACAGUGAUUGUUACCCGUGCCGCUGACCACGUUUCUUUGCGAGGAUUAUGAGACAAUUUUCUUCUAAAUGGGAAUAUAUGAACAUCCUAGCAGUCGGAAACCUAAUGACAGCAGACCUUGUGCAGUAAGUGGUGUUUUAUUAUGUUUGUUGGCUCUCAUAAAGUCUGCAGUGAAGAGAAAUGAGUGAUGAAGAAAAAAAAAAAGCGAACGUAAUUAUGCGUUUUUUAAAUUAAUAUGUUUAAAAUGAUCAAAAUACAUAAAUAUUAAAUGUUAUUAUAAAUGUACCCGUUACUGCAUUACAUAAAUACUAACAUCAUGUAUAUAAAACCUUAAUGGAGGUGUUUGGAUGUUUUUUUAGGGGCUCUAUAGGGAGAAUUGACCGGCUCCCAUAGGCUCCAUUGUAAGCAAACUUUUGAUCGCAUUUAUUUAUUUUUAAGAAUGCAGUAAAAAAAAAAUCAUCUGUCGUCAUGUCUUUCAUAAUGAUUGUGAACGAUAGGCAAAAUUCCCCAAAAAGUGCAGUUCCCCUUUAAAUUCAUAUGCUCCAUUCAAUUUUAGUACAGGUUGCUCAUUAAGAUAAAUACCUCGUAGUCCGAUUUGUUUACUUUUGUAUAAUGACUGAGCAUUUUUGGGCUUACUUGUUAUUUGUGUCUGAAGUAUCUACAUGAUGCUAAUCCUUCUCCAGGAAACGCUCUUACUUGGUUGUAAAAGUAUGAUCAUCUUUUGUUUUGUCUAAAAGUCUAGUUUGGAGAAUUGUUUUAGUUUAGUUAUAUAAUCCCCCAUUUUGGCAGCCGGAUUCAUUCAUUCAGGAUGACAUUUCUUCUUGCAUUAAUUGUUGCUGACUGGCCGACACAUUAACACUAGCACUGUCAGUGUAUUUCA